GCAGGGUGCCCGCCCUCUGCAUAAGUGCACCCUUUCACUGAUUCUGCAUGAGAGGGAACCCUCUAUCUGUAUGAGAGGACAUCGAGUUGUAUCUGUACAUCGAGUUGUAUCUGUUGCUGGAACUAGAGCUACUGAGAGUCAUAUGUAAAGACAUCCUGACAUUUAAGCAACUGCUUGAUCUUCUGUUGAGAAAGCACUCAAUUCUGUUGAGUCUGUAGAGAGGAGACGAGGCUGUAGAUGACAAAAGAAGCAUCCAAGAUUAUUGAUCUCGUCUGUAUGAGUACGUCGACUCUGUUUUGUGUCUAGUGGACCUCACUGUGAGCAUGAUCAUGACCAGGAGUGUGCACAGCGACGUAGUGACCGAUAUCGAUUUUGUGCUGUACUAGCUUGUGAUCAUCAUUCAUUGCUUCUACUUUCACUUUCUUAGUUAUAAUAUAUCAAGCUCAUCCUUACUUUUCAAAAGGAAUCUUUACGAAUGUAUCAUUUCAUCCUUCCACCUAUUUUCAGGUUGUUGCUUUUCUCAAUCAAUCUCAUGAGCAGUAGUACCCCAACUCUCCUCCGCAAUUUUUCAAAUAUCUAAUGAAUAUUAACUGACAUCCUUUCAAAGGAGAUUCUUAAUUUGAAAAAGACCACAACUUACCAUAACGCGGAAUCAGUAAAGCCAUAAAAUUUCUUUUGCUUGUUCUCAUCAACUUUUUGUUGUUUGAUCAAGAAGGCUCAAGAACCUCCAAAAUUCAUGAUAUACACAGACAUCUAGAUCAACUUCAUCUUCAUCAAUGAGAAGACAGAAGUAAAGACUAGAAAUAUUUAUCUGUAGGUGGACUUUUACCUUUCUAAGAUUGUGUUUUUCCUUCGAUUUUCUUCCAAGUAUCUAUCCUACUUGUGUCUUCAAAGUCAAUCCAAAUAUUCAAAUAACACGAUUCGUCUCAUUCAUCGCCUCCCUAGAGGUCAGCACGACUUCUAUAACCAUUUAGUGAAAAUGUCCUCCACAACUUCCGGAGUUAUUAGCAGACGAAAUGCACCUGCACGUGGGGCCGUGUCGACCUCUAUUGGAGGGACACAGGUGGAGACCCCAGAGGUCCCCACUUCGUUUGGACUAGGACGAGGAGCGUCUUCGCCAAGGAGAAGCGGGUCGGCUUCUAAGCAGAGGCGAAGCUGUUGCGCUCCCGCUCCUGAGAUGAAGGCAAAGAUGAUGGCAAUGGCCCGGGACUCGGCAACAGAAGUGGUGCACAGCGCGAAGGUGUGCGGCUGCGGCAUUGUCGAUUUUCUGUCGGAGGGAGCCGACGACUUCGCCUUGCGUACCUUGCACGGCGUCAUUUCGAGCUCAGUGGAGCACGGCAAACAUCGAUUCCGUCUACUGCUCCUGCACAUUCUACUGCUGCCGCUUUGCAUCCUGUUAUUCCAGCCCGCCAGAGACGCCGCCUCACUGCUCCGCGGGACAACAGCCGGCGAUCAAGUGCAGGAGGUGACUGAAGCUGCAGCAGCCGCUACGCGCAGUAACAACGAGAAGCCUGACACGCGAAGGUGAAAGAAGGCGCGAGGUCGAGGUGAAAAGAAGCACUAUGUACAUUGAUAAUUGUAGUGAGAUGCUGGGACUAUUUGAAAACAUAGAUACACGAACACGAUACAUAGUGAUGAAAAAUUACAGAUUUGAAUCAAUACUAUGAUAGCAGCGAAGACAGGAUAGAACGAAGAUGAACAUCUGUCGGCACCCGUAGACCAUUGCUCAAGAAGCCGCAGCAGCACAAGCAGCAGUACUACCAACACGCUGUGAUGCCGAAAGACAAAGAGAUAGACAUAGGUAGAGAACUAAAAUUGUCAUCACUCAAAGACAUUGCGAUUGCUGUAGCAGGGCUGCUGUCUUCACACACACAAGGGGAAAAACAUAACAAAAAAAUAGAUAUCUAGUGAUUACGUACAGUUCCGAGCCGAAUAUGAAAUACCUCAAGAUUACUACAACAUACAACUGUGACUCAAAUGCCAUUGAUUCAUUCUUCAAAAUUUGUUUGGUUUUCUAAUACGCGAUUUAAACGUUCUGAUAUUUAUUGAACCUCAAGCUUUGUUAGAAAAGUGAAAGUCGCCUGAGAUUCAACAGGUGAAAUUUUCUACGAAUGAUUCAUCACCCGAUAGAACUGAAAAUGAUGAACAAAUAAUGAUUUGAACGCAGCUGAGGAGAGCUUUGUAACUUCACAUCUUCCCCUAUCCUGUUUUACCCUAAAAAGAUCAAAAAACAAAAAAGAUAAAUAAUACAUAGUGAAUCAAUUGAAGACUCUUGGUGUAGAAGGCCCGAUAUUGAACAUGGAGCAACUUACUGCAACACAAUAUUGGCGCAUUGCAAGGAUUAUAACGCAAUAAAACCCUUCUCCAUUCCUUCCAUGAACAAAAUAGAAAUGAAAAACAUUACAAAAA